CCAGGACGUGAACAGGGAGCUCAUGAGCCAGCAGGAAGCGUCCGCGGAGAAGCAGCAGCAGCCGCCCCCAGAGAUGUUCGACUUCAAGAUCAAGUUUGCAGAGACCAAAGCCCACGCCAAGGCCAUCGAGAUGGAGCUGCGGCAGAUGGAAGUGCAGCAGGCGAACCGCCACGUGUCCCUCCUCACCUCCUUCAUGCCAGACAGCUUCCUGCGCCACGGCGGGGACCACGACUGCGUCCUGGUGCUGCUGCUCAUCCCCCGCCUCAUCUGCAAGGCGGAGCUGAUCAGCAAACAGGCCCAGGAGAGGUUUGAGCUGAGCGAGAGCUGCGCGGAGCGCGCGGGGCUGCGCGGGGCCGCGGGGGAGCAGCUCAGCUUCGCCGCCGGCCUCGUGUACUCCCUGAGCCUGCUGCAGGCCACCCUCCACAAAUACGAGCAGGCCCUGAACAAGUGCAGUGUGGAGGUGUACAAGAAGGUGGGCACCCUGUACCCCGAGAUGAGCGUCCACGAGCGCUCCCUGGACUUCCUGAUCGAGCUGCUGCACAAGGACCAGCUGGACGAGACCGUCAACGUGGAACCGCUCACCAAAGCCAUCAAGUACUACCAGCACCUGUACAGCAUCCACCUGGCUGACCAGGCUGAGGACUGCACCCUGCAGCUGGCUGACCACAUCAAGUUCACCCAGAGUGCCUUGGACUGCAUGGGGGUGGAGGUGUGUCGGCUCCGGGCCUUCCUCCAGGCCGGGCAGGAGGCAGCAGACCUGGCCAUCCUGCUCAAGGACCUGGAGACGUCCUGCAGCGACAUCCGCCAGUUCUGCAAGAAGAUCCGUCGCCGGAUGCCGGGCACGGAUGCGCCGGGAAUUCCCGCGGCCCUGGGCUUUGGGACACAGGUGUCGGACACGCUGCUGGAGUGCCGCAAGCACCUGACCUGGGUGGUGGCCGUGCUGCAGGAGGUGGCUGCGGCCGGGGCUCAGCUCAUCGCGCCCCUGGCCGAGACCGAGGGGCUGCCGGCCCCGCGCCUGGAGGAGCUGGCCUUCAAAGUCAGCGAGCAGAUCUACGGCUCUCCGGGGAUCAACCCCUACGAGUGCCUGAGGCAGUCCUGCAGCAUCCUCAUGGCCACCAUGAACAAGAUGGCCACGGCCAUGCAGGAGGGCGAGUACGACGCCGACCGCCCGCAGAACAAGCCCACGCCCCCGGCAGAGCUCCGGGCGGCCGCGCUGCGGGCGGAGAUCACGGACGCCGAGGGGCUGGGGCUGAAGCUGGAGGACAGGGAGACGGUCAUCAAGGAGCUGAAGAAGUCCCUCAAGAUCAAGGUAAGGUGUUCCUUACUGAUCCCUGCCUGUUCCGUACUCAUCCCUGCCUUCCUGGCUAUUUGUCACUAAUCCCUGCCUGUCCCUCCCCAAUCC